GCCCCGCCAUGGCCGCGGCCGCCGCGCGCUCCCUCUCCGGGCCCGGCCGCCGGGCGCUGCCGCUGGUGGUGAUCCUGGGAGCCACGGGCACCGGCAAGUCCGAGCUGGCGCUGCAGCUGGGCCUGCGGCUGGGCGGCGAGAUCGUCGGCGCCGACUCCAUGCAGGUGUACAAGGGGCUGGACAUCAUCACAAACAAGAUCUCUCUCCGGGAGCAGGCUUUGUGCAGACACCACAUGAUCAGCUUUGUGGAUCCCUUGGUCUCUAACUACACUGUGGUGGACUUCCGGAACAAAGCAGCGGCCCUGAUUGAAGAUAUAUUUGCUCGAGAGACGAUCCCAAUUGUUGUGGGAGGCACCAACUAUUACAUCGAGUCCCUGCUCUGGAAGGUCCUUGUCGAUACCAAGGAACAUUCGCAGAGGUUUGACUUGGGCGGGCUGAUCUGUGCCCCACAGGAGAAGACCAGCCCUUCCCCUGGGCGAGCAGCCGACCGGAGGGUGGAACUGGAGCAGCUGGAUGGCCGCGAGCUCCAUUGCCGGCUGAGCCAAGUGGACCCGGAAAUGGCUGCCAAGCUGCAUCCCCACGAUAAGCGCAAAGUGGCCAGGAGCCUGCAAGUAUUUGAAGAAACUGGGAUCCCCCAUAGCGAGUUCCUGCAUCGGCAGCGAGAGGAGGAAGGUGGGGGCCCGUUGGGGGGGCCCCUGAAGUACCCAAACUCCUGUAUCCUGUGGCUUUAUGCAGACCAGGCAGCUUUAGAUGAGCGGCUGGACAAGCGGGUGGAUGACAUGGUGGCAGCGGGGCUCCUGGAGGAGCUGCGGGACUUCCACCGGCGUUACAACCAGGAGAAGGUGGCCGAGAACUGCCAGGAUUAUCAGCAUGGCAUUUUCCAGUCGAUUGGCUUCAAGGAGUUCCACGAGUACCUUAUCACGGAGGGGAAGUGCCCACAGGAGACCAGCGCCUUGCUGCUGGAGAAAGGGAUCCAGGCCCUGAAACUAGUGACAAAGAGAUACGCCCGGAAGCAGAACAAGUGGGUCCGAAACCGCUUCUUGAGACCAUCCUCCUCCCUCCUGGCUGGAGAAGGGAGCCUGGCUGCUAUUGGUGGCCGAGCGAACUCUGGUUUGUCAGUUGCUGUCCAGCCCGUGGGGGCUCCGAGUUCUCUCAAGGGGGGUGAGUUGCGUACAGGGCGUGCUCUGACCCUGCUCCCCACGGUCCCCCCUCCCUGCGAAGAGCUCUCCUCCGCCAUUGUGGUUCUACGGCCGAGGCAGCUCUCUGGAGGGAGGGGGCCGGACACGACGGGGUGGCUGGAUAAAUAGCAGCGUCUCUGGGUGGAGGCCAUGUCCAAGGACAGUUACGUAACAUGGCUCUCCCAGGGCCACCGAGGGAACUGUUCCUGCAUGAAUUCCCUCCUGCUGAGUCAUAUGGAUGUUCUCUGCGAGGCCGCCCGCUCCCCAAAUUACCGGGAUCUGUCCAGCAGCCUCUGCUGUGAAUAAGCUUUGGGUGUGUCCUGUCUUCAAGCUGCCUGGGCACAUCAGGACGUGCUGUUCCUGCUUCGCUCCCGGCCCAUCUGGACCAGGCCUGCCCAAGACCUUGCUGCCCCGGCCUUGUCUGUGGUCAUUCCCCAUCCCACCUGGAGUGGAUGUUCCUGAGCUCCCUCCCAGGGCCUCUUCGGUGCACCACUCCCUGCUUGUCCAGCUGUGACAGGGAGGUCUCCACCCCUCCCAGGAGAAGCUCCCUCAUUGCUGGCUAAAAUCCCAGCAGAACAAAGCCCCACGUGCCACCCGUCCCUCCACACGUCCCCUCCUCCUGCGCUAGCUGUUGCUGGCAGUCGGAUCCCUGGCUGCUCGCGGGCCAGCUCUCUCCUGUAAGGGGCCAUGGGGGAUCUGCCCGUCGUGUUUACCUCUCCCCAUGAGCCCACACGCGUGCCGGGCUGGAGUGAAAAGCCCAACUGACAGCUGCCCUCCAGAUUAGGAGCUGCAGCCGAUUGGCUGUUACGGGCCUGCCGUGGACACCAUGAUGGCAGGAAGCCAGUGGGACUUCCCUCACCCUGGAGCAGGGCCAGGAUCAGCAGCUGGGAGCCGAGCAUUUGUUGAAAGGUGGCUGGUAGGGGCAAGAAAAAGAAACCCAACCAGGCCGAAAGCCUGGCUUUGAACGGGGUGCAGCGCUUUCCUGGGGCCAGGUGCGUAGCAUCCGCGUCUCACCUUUCUGCCGAGCAGCAGGUGGGGGACAGGUGUGCCUUCGAUCGGCCUCCUAAGAGCCUUGCCUGUGGUUGGAGCAAUAAAAGUCAGCACCUGCCGGAUGCUGCAGCCUUUGAUGGCUUUGUCUGAGUGGCGAGGCGCUCGCUCUGCCGGCUGGCAGGUGAGUCCUGGCAGCACGGCGGGGGAGCGACAUCGCUGGGGAGUGUGCGCUGUCUGCUUUGCAGACAUCUCUGUGCUCUGAGUGCCGGCCAGGCCUCUGGAAGCGCCAAACGCCCUCACGUUGGCUCAAGGAGGCAGAUGGGUUGGUUUUAAAAUAGCCCCACAUCAAAUGCAGGCGUUCAAAUGAAGCACCUCCAUUGCUACCUGCAGACGUGGCCGCAGCGCGUCCACCUCCGCGGCCUCAUUAGCCGUGACCACUGUAAAUAAAGCAGCCAGGCUGAGACCCUCCCAGGCAAAUACCUGACCCAAGCACCAGGCUCGAGCCUGCCUAGAAGAACAGCUGCACCUCACAUAAUUGCUAUGUGCUGGAGCCAUCUGGGUCUCUGUCUCUUCUGCUGGCUGAGGGAGCGUGGACUUUUCCCGUGGACCGUGCAGGUGGGAAGUGGGUUGUAGUUAUGAAGGGAGCAGAAUUUGCCUGGCUCUUACCAAGCUCUAGAUGUUGGGUUUGCUUUCCUGCCCCUAGACUGCAAACUGCCCUGCUGGGAUUGAGGAUGUGCAGUUCCUAGCAAACCAAGGGCUCUGGUAAUCCCGGCUCAGGACCGCUCUGUCUCGGAACAUUGAAGGACAAGCCGGUGAGGGUAAUCUGGGGCCCCUGCAGCGAAGACGGGUCUCCCAG